UUGAAGAAAUUAUCGAAAAUAUUAUUAAGGGUGCCAUAAGGCUUGGCACUUCUGCAUCCAAAUUACAUGACGAUAUAUACAUGCCAUUGCAACAACGCAACUUUGAAAUGGAAUUAAAUAAGAUUAAUGAAACUACAAGCAAAACCCGAUUUGGCAAGGAACUUUUCGAAUAUGUCAAACGUAAUUGGACACCGCCCCAAAGUUGGGUUAAUGUACAUUUUGAAUACCUACACAUGAAUUUCGGAAAUGGUAUACAGCUUGACUGUUAUGACUACGAACUUUCACCAUCAGUAAUUUUUGGAUUGCGCAUUGCCUAUGCAUUCUUUAUUGAAAAAUAUUACAGCAUGACGUUUAUAGAAUUUCGUACCAGAGCUCUUAUAAAAAAUGUAGGAAAAAUGCCAAUAGAACUCUUCAAAAAUAUUAUCCGCAAUAUUUCCAAAUAUAUGGUCAGCCAUAAUUUUACUUUUAUUCAGCCGUUUCUUUCAGGGACAGCUCCUCAAGCUGUUGUCGCACAAAAACAAGCUUCGACUAUUUCAUUUCACCUAGUUGACUGCCCGUUAUUAGACAAUGCAUCUAUGAUACGGAUUAUGGAUCAUUUUGCAACAAAAUUUAAAGCACCAACUUUUCCAAAUCGUGUAUAUGAAUGGAAACUCUGUGCCCCACUCCUUCAACUUUUGAUAAAUACAGGAGGAUUGCCUCGCGCACUUGAACGACUUUUAAUCACCUGCUUUUUAAGAUUAUGUGACGGAAAGACAUUCUUUAAUGAACUCAAAAGUCAUGAUUAUAACGCUAUUCACAUGAUGGUUAAAGAGGAUCUUGAAAGGAUGUAUAAUAUUUAUGGCGAUGUGAAAAGUAAUAAAUAUCUUGCUAUGAAACUCAUAUAUCAUUGUGUUGAGGGAAUUCCCGUUUCUGAUAAAGAUUGCUUAGAUGAAAAAAAUCCACAUCUCACAAUAGAAAAUCUGCAACGCGAUGGGCAUAUCAUUCUUACCCCUUAUGAUAAAAGUUUGUACUAUAUUAGAAUGCCAUUAUUUUUUAUUCACAUUUAUAAUGACAUCUUAAAGAUUGUUGAUGUGGAAAUGAUGAAUAAGGCUUUUCGAAUAGAUCAUCGCAUGCAUUGGCAAGACUGGGAAUUAUUUGCGUUGAAUUAUGAAGCAUUUCGCACCAAUCUGGCUAUCGAAAUGGGAUUUUCCAGAAUGACUUUGGGAGAAUUAUACCCUGGCGCUUAUGGAAAUGAUAUUUAUUUGCAAAUGUAUGUAGAUUUGAAAAGGCUCCAUGUGUGUGAGGCAAAUGAGCGAUUUCCAAAUAAUAAAAAAUUGACAAACAAAUCUGAUAAUGAACCGAUCGACCUAGAGAGUGGAAAUGUUGUGGUUCUCAAUGAUGCAUCUGCUGAUUUUGCAGGCAUAAUCUUAGUUAGAAUGAAUGGUGCAAGAUGUCUAUUAAUGAUUCAAUACAAAUGGGAUUAUGGUUCAAAGGAGAUGACCAAGAAUAUAGUCGAUAAUGAAGACGCCAAAAAUUUAAACAAGCUUAUUUCUGAAAUUAAAAAGAUAUAUGAAGGUUAUGAGCUCAUUACAAUUAUCUUCACAACACAACCAUAUAAUGGGCCACAAGACAAAACAGGUGCUCUAAUCAUUUCAAGAGACAAUUUUGAUAAACACUUCGGCCCUGUUUUUUCAUCAUUGGCCACAUUUUCCUUUAUUAGGGCUACUAAUCCCAAUUUUUGGGAUGCAAAGAGGUUGAAAAAUAUUCUAGAUGGUAUUGGUGAUGAAUCUAUUGAUGACGUUAUUAAAAAGCGGCCAUAUAUUAAUAAGGAUCAUUUUUACAGCGAGAACCCAAAGGCGAAAAAACAGAAGUUAGAUUUUUUUCCACUCGAUGUACCAGAAACUGAUGUAUAUGCACCAUAUCUUUAA